GCUAACAAAUUCACAGAAAUGAUUGUUUUUAGAUAUUGCAUGUUUUUUCAAAGGAGAGAACAAAGAUAGCAUAAGAGAUAUACUGGAAAGUUUUGGCUAUUAUCCAGACUACAAUAUUGGUGUUCUUAUGGACAAAUCUCUCAUAACCAUUGAUAACGGAAGAGAUUUGUGGAUGCAUGAUUUGCUACAAGAUAUGGGUCAAGAAAUCGUUCUUCGUGAAUCUCCUAAAGAGCCUGGUAGACGUAGUAGGUUGUGGAUUUACGAGGAUGUCAUUCAUGUAUUAAAGAAUAAUACUGGAACAGAGGUAGUUGAAGGCAUAAUGCUAAAUAUACCUAUUCAAAAAAAGGAACAAUUAAGUGCUAAAGCUUUCUCAAAGAUGAAGUUUUUGAGAUUGCUUAAAAUUGCUAGUAAGGAACUUCUACAAAACUUCAUAAAUGGUCCUAUGCAACUUCCAGAAGAUAUUCUUGGAGGUGUGGUGCAACUUCCACAAGGCCUUAGUUAUCUAUCUAAUGAGUUGUGUGUUCUUGAAUGGCAUGGAUAUCAUUUAAAAUGCAUACCAACCAAUUUCCAACCAAACAAACUUGUUGAGUUGAGAAUGCAUUGUAGUGGGAUCAAACAACUAUGGAAAGGAAAUAUGAAUUUAGUUGAGUUAAAACUCAUAGACCUAAGUGGCUCUCAAAACUUGAUUAAGAUCCCGGACCUUAGUGGAGCCCCAAAGCUUAAGCAAUUGAUUCUUCAACAUUGUACAAGACUAUAUAAGAUUCACUCAUCUCUUGGAGAUCUCAAACAACUAAUUCGAUUGGAUCUGAAUGGUUGCAAAUGUCUCAAAAACCUUCCUCACAAGGUCAGCUUGGAAGCACUUGAAAUUUUCGAUCUUGGUGGUUGUUCAAGAUUGAAGAAGUUUCCAAAAAUUGUAGGAAAUAUGUCAUGUUUGUCAAAACUUUGUUUGAGUGAGACUGCUAUAAAUGAACUAACAUUCUCUGUGGAGUAUUUAACUGGCCUUAUUGAAUUGGAUCUAAGAAAUUGCAAAAAUCUUUUUAGCCUUUCGGAUGCCUACUGCUGUUUAAUAUCUUUGAAGAUUCUCAUUUUAUCUGGUUGUUCAAAUCUUAAAGAACUACCAGAGAAUUUGGGGAAUAUCAAAGGUCUGGAGGAGCUAGAUGUGAGUGGAACUGCUAUAACAAGGCUACCUUCGUCUAUUGUUCACUUAAAAAAUCUUAGGGUGCUAUCUCUUCGUGAAUGUGUGGGGCUAUUGUCGAAAUCAUCUAAUAUGCUUCUUAGUUUUCCUUUAAUGCAGCCAAGAAGUAGUCCAGAUCUCAUGGGCAUGUUACAAGGCUUAUGUUCUUUAACCAAUUUGGAUCUAAGCUAUUGCAAUCUUCAGACAAUUCCUAAUGCUUUUGGGUGCUUGUCAUCUUUAGAGUAUUUAAAUCUAAGGGGAAAUAAUUUUGUUUGCCUUCCUGAAAGUAUCAUUCAACUAUCUAAUCUGGAAAGUCUUUGUUUGGAUGGUUGCACUCAACUUCGAAUGUGCCCCAAGCUUCCAUUAAAUAUUGAGUUUAUCGAUGCAAGAGGGUGUACCUCACUAGAAACAUUUUCAUUAAGACCAGAACAUGAUUUUGAUCCGAAUCUACAUCUUCAGUAUUGCGACAAAUUGAUUAAGAAUGAAGGCUACAAUGAACUAUUUUCAACAAUGCUGAGACGUUAUAUCAUUAAGGAAUGCUCUCAGCUAAAGCUAAGUCAUUAUAUGAUUGAAGAGGAAUGCUCUCAGCUAACGCUAAGUCAUUAUAUGAUUGAAGAGAUAUGCUUUCUGUCUUUUUCAUAUCUCGCAAUUCCUGGAAGUGAAAUUCCGAAUUGGUUUAGGCAUCGAAAUGUGGGGAUUUCGGUAAAUCUGGAAGUGCCUUCACAUUUAUUAUUAUCUAACAAAUUUAUGGGAAUUGCUGUGUGCACUGUUUUUAUACCCCGCCGAUAUUGUCCACUUUACCAACUUCACGGAGAAGAGUGGCUUUCAUGUCGAAUUAAAAUCAACAAACCUUAUCUUAUUAGAUGGGCCAUUUCAUUAUCCGCGGAAAUUGAUAAGAUUGAAUCGUCUCAGAUUUAUCUGCUAUAUUUUCCCUCUAUAAAGUUCGAAGGCCCCUGGAAAGACGUAUUGAAUCAAGCAGAUGCUUAUGCACUCAACCAAAUUGAGGUUGAAUUUAGAACCUUAAUUGAUAUGCAUCCACUUGAUAAAGUGGAUGCUUAUGCAUCCAACCAAUUGGAGAUUAUGAAAUGCGGAGCCCAUUUGGUAUUUGAGCAAGACAUUGAAGAUCUCAAACAAUCUAAGGUUGGGUCUAGUAGUUGCAUAAUCACUCCAUAUGAGGAUAAUGAUUUAGACGAUUCAGAGAAAGAUUCUAAAAUUAAGGGAAGCCCAGAUGCCAAACCACCACAUCUGAAGUGGAUAGCAAGCUGGUACAGACAUUUUUACCGUCUUUGAGCGUCUCUGGGGUUGAUGCUGAUGAUGACGGAGUGGAACUGGGUUUGGUGCUAUUUCUGUUUGGCUACAAGGAAACUUGAGGUACCAGUUGGAGCUAUGCCAGAAAGCUUUGGAGGUGAAUAUUAUUGAUUAUUUGGGGACGAGCAUAUGCAUAUGUAUCAUCCUUGCCCCUAUGGUAGGCUCUGGUUCAGCAGAUGCCUGUGAAUUGACUAUUUUUUUCUGGACGUAAAGAGGACUUGCUGAUGACUGUGCAGAAGUGCUGGUUGUUUCUGCUUCUGCUGAUGACUGUGCUGUUAAGCCUUUGGCAAGUUCAGCUACUAAGUGGGCAAAGAGGCGCUUUUUAUUGGAUGUAUUCCAAUUGAAGCUACUGUUGAUAAUAUGCAGUUGCAUUUCAAUCAGUUUGGCUAUCUUUUGGAUGUGUAUCUUCCCAAGGAUGAAAGAAAAAUGUGUCAUAGGGGGUUCGGUUUUGUGACAUUGUCGGAUGAAUUUUCAGUUGAGUACACUUCUCAGAAAGUACAUAGGAUACUUGGGCAGAUGUGUGUUAGUAGAUGUUAUCACGUAUAUGAUAGAUAGGUGCUUGGGCCCAAUAGACACUCAUGUGGGUAGCCGAGUAUCAAAGGAAAGAGCCUCAAGAGUUUCUUAUGCAGAGCAGUUUGGUGUGCUACUGUCUAUGACAUGAUUCACAUAUGGUCUCAGAGAAACUCAAGAAUUCAUGGAGAGGUCAAAACAGAGGAAAUCAAAGUGAAGAGAUGAGAAAGGAUGUCAAGUUUUGGAUGAUGUUCAAAGGAAGUUGCUGCAACUCUAUCCUAACCUAUACAGAGUUAUUUGUUCUAACUGGAGUGUACCACAUUACAUCAUUCAUGACUUCUGCUUAAAAGCUUGCUAGUAGCUGGGGUUUGUGGUUGGUUUGUUUUUAAAACAAGAUGUUGUGUAAGAUUAGCACCAAUCUGAUGCUGUAGUUUAGUCCGAAGACUCAUAUCUUUGUUUAGAAUUGGGUUGGGAUGAUGUAACACUGUUUUCAAAUGGAGAUAAUCUUUUAAUUUUUAGUUCAGAUGACCUUGUUGUAAUGGACUAGCUGAAGUCUCAGGGUUUCCGGUGUUUCUGUUUGUAUUGGCUUGUUUCAUAACACUAAUAAUUUAUUAAUAUGUUUGA